UUGGUAACGAAACGAUAUCUAAAAUCGUUAUCGUCUCAACGAUGACGACAAAAAAUUCUUAGCCAAAGUAACAUCGCGAUCGUUAUCGUUGUGUCGAAUCGAAUGUUCGCUAAAAAAUAAAAAUAUUGGUUAUGGUAACGAAAAUUUAGCUGUCAGUGUCACUCAAGAAGUUCAAAUGGAUACCGCGAAUUAUACCCGCGAGUUAUUGUUGUUUUCGAAUUUUAAGUAAGUGAGUUGUUGGCGAUUGCCGUAGUUCGUGAGGAUGAUGUUAUCACAGUCAGCGACAUUGGAGUGCUGGGUGACGUCACGGGAUUGGCACGGUGGUCGCCGCGCCGGUGAGCUUCAAGUGGUUGUGCUACGACGCCCUUAGCCCAGACGUAAAUAUCCGAAAACCACUCACUGGGCUCAAGUGCUUCCUACAAAUAUGUCUUUAUUCGUUCAAUAUCGAACUAGCCCUCGCAUAAGACAGUCCACGUAAUUUCUAUGAUAGUGAUAAAACAUGGAAUCAAGAGUGCGAGCAAGUCAGGAACAAUUGUCAACACUGCUUGAGUAUAUGGCAACUCAUGGUGACCUGGCGAGGCCUCUUGCUGGAUCACAAGGUCGGGUACGGUCAGACCGACUAUGGACUGAACUGACCAACAUAUUGAAUGCUGUUGGUGGUGGUGUCAGCAAGACUACAGACAAGUGGAAAAAAGUGUGGGCAGAUUGGAAGUCCAAGACAAAAAAAAAGGCGUUGGCCAUAAGGCACCAUGCAAGAGGGACUGGAGGUGGUCCAGCAAGCGGGCAAGCCUUGUCAGCUAGCGAUGAAAGAGUGCUGGCUAUAAUGGGUACUUUAGCAGUGGCAGGACAAGACUCUGUAGAAGAGCUAGGAUUUAAUAGAUCUAUAAAUACUGCACAUGAUGGUCCUGCCGUCCAAGAUAAUCCUGUCACCCAAGAUGAUUCAGUAUAUUUGGAAAUUGUAGAUGAAACUCCACAACUGACUUUGUCACCUCAACUUUCCACUUCACAGCCCUCAAAUAAUUGGGUUCUGCCAUCCUCAUCAUACCAGACUUCGACUCAAGGACGGCAGCCUGUUGCGCCAACCCAGCCUGUUACGCCAGCCCCGCCAGCUCAGCCUGUUACGCCAGACCCGCCAGCGCAGGCUGUUACGCAAGCCCCACCAGCCACACCAGCCCCGGCAGCGCCAUCCCCGUUAGCGCAAUCCCCGCCAACCAUUGCAGCUCCCGCUACUCCGAGGCGAAGACGGCCACAUGCCCCCCGCACGUCUGCUAUUUCUCCACCCACAAGGCGUCGUCUGCGGUUGAGAUCGCCAGCGACACCGCAGUCUGCUGCCUCUCCCCACCGCCCUCGAUUGAGUGCUCGCCGUAGACGGGCACCGACCCCCUUCGAGAGAGCGGCAAGCGAAUUUACGGCCGUAGAAGUACGACGCCUGGAGCUGGAGGAAACUCGGACUAGGCUACAACAUGAGCGAGAUUCUCGAGCAUUGGAGAUUGAGCACGAACGGAACCUGGUUUUUAACUCAUUAGUAAACGUCGCUCAAGCUUGGCUUGACUAUUAUCGCAGUAGGGACAACACAGAACCGCUGAACAUUGAGUAGGUCAGCAAUUGUCUUGACCCUAUUGCUAUAGUAGUCAUCAAAGGUUUUUUAAUAUGUAUGUCUGAAGCCUUAGGCAUUCUAUUCAAAAUUUCUAAGGCUGUUUUUACAAUAUAAUAUAAACUCAAAACUCUUUGCGCGCAAGAAGUGAUUUCGUUUAAUUAUCUAAUGUUGCCUCUUUUACUGCCCAAUUUUAAGACUGUAACUUUAAGACUGAUUAUUGAUUUUGUUUCUCUUCUGUUUUUAAGUUUUGCUUAUAUUUACCUCAAAAUAAGGCAUUUAUUUUAGUUAAUAUUUAAGUUGAUAGACAUUUACGUUAUCUAUUUCUAACUUGCAUGUUGGAUUUUGGCCUCUUAAAGUAAGGCUUUUUUUAUGCCCAGCAGUGCACGUAUAAAGGCUGAUUAAUAUAUUAUGUUUUUAGAGAUAACAAUUAUGUAAA